AAUCACUGUGAAAUAUUUGAUGGUGUUCCUAUUUCAGGAGGUGGGAAACCGUUACGGCAACUUCUCGCUGGCAACCAUGUUCCCUCGGCGGGAGUUCACCAGCGAAGACCUGAAUAAGACUUUUCUAGAGCUGGAGCUUACUCCAAGUGCGUCCAUCGUGCUUCUGCCACAGUCAGGCAGGCCUGCUAACACGGUGCUGCAGUCCUCAGGGGGCGGUGUCUGGGCCCUCCUGUGCACAAUCCUCUACCCAGUGCUAGCUUUUGGGAGAUUCCUCAGCUCCUUCCUGUUUGCAACCCCGCCCCCUCCAGGAGCAGCACAGAGAGGCCCCGGCCCCCAGCCCAGCUCUUAUUCUGCCGCUGCAGCAGCCUCUGACAGAGAAACUCUCCCCAAUCACACUGCAGAGAAGCGGCCCAAGAACUUCAGGAAAGAUGGUAAGAUCUGCAGGCUGAGGAACCAGGAGGACAGCGAGGACGAGAACAACACCUGGAACGGGAACUCCACCCAGCAGAUGUAGCGCAGCAGCGGUUUGACUUCUUUAAAUGUUGCUUUUGCACUUGGGGCUGAUCUUUCUGUGCUCUCCCUGUGUCCCAGGCCUAUGCCCUGACCCCCCAAUAAUAAUCAUCAGCAGAGUGUUUUUGUGUUGAUGGUGUCUCCUAACCCGGCUCAAGCUACAGCAGCCCCUUCCGGUUGUGAAAAGCGAACAAACCAGAACAUGUGAACUGAGCGAGCUUUCACAUUAUGUCAUGGAGUCGAAUGAAGACAUGCUUAUUUCAGAUGUAUAACAUAUUUCCUCAUUCAGCCUGCAAAAAAUAAAAUGAAAGCAUUCUGUUUUCCAAUGAUCCAUUCAA